UUGAUUCUUGUUAAAUUAGUUUAGAAAUCUUCAUCACGAGUCUCACUGGUCAUUGUACGGCAAGGGGUUAAUAUUUCUGUCCUAUUCUAUAAGUGCAAAGGGUUAAUGAAGAGGUCUAAAAAUCUGUCAGUCCCAUCGUACGUGUAAAACCCACCCCGCCACAUUCCGGCCGAGUGAAAACACCUCUUACGAAAUCGGCCCCCGUAAGGGUCAAAGAAAAGCCGACCUGGCCAGAACCGUUCGUAUUGUGCCAGGCCAGUUAGUCCGAUCGCAGUGGGGGUAAGCCAGGUAGGGAGGAUAAGAUUUCGGUCCCAGGUAGAAUGUUCAUCGCGUACCGUGUUCAGUCGAGCCUCGGCCUCUCACCGUGUCGCAUCUUGUUCAACCGACGUCCCUAUCCUCUCGCGGUCGCGCGCUUUUCUCGAAGAGUUUUCCGAGCCGGUCAACUGUCGAGGAGAUUCUGUGAUCCGGACGUGUGAUGUGAUACGCUGCUCGGUUCGAUUGUGAGAGAGGACUUUCUUUUCACGGGAUCGUUCUUUCUUUUUAUUCUCGAAACGGGAUCGCAAUUUCGACUGGCACGCGAGAAUGAGUGACCGAACGAGGGCGACGUGAGGCCGUGACAUGAAAGAGAGAUUUCGAAAAUCAAUUGCCGUUGAAACGAAAAAAUCCGGGGAAAUUUCCUUGGUUAUGCAAUGCGUCUAGCACUGCCAGUGUCAGGGACAGUCUUCAGAGUGAUUGCUGCAGACGGUGAUUGUGGCAGUCAGUUUUAGCACUCGAUAUUAGAGGAAUAAAAUUAAUUGGAAAGGAUGAGGUGGAAGAAGCAAGGGGUCACGGAGGGCGAAGGAGCGUCGAUCCUGCUACUCGUCGCAUUGGCUCCUGUUAUCUGCUCCGCUGGAAUCCUGGACCCUUGGCAGUGGGCGCGUAGCGAUCGAAUCGAGGUCAACAUUCCAUGGUUGCCAUUCGAAAACGAGACACGUUGCUACGACGAGCUGGGCUGCUUAAACAUAACCAGGAGCUGGUACCACCUCAUCCACAGGCCGUUGAAUGUGUUCCCUCUGCCACGAGAGGUGAUCAAUACAAGGUUCAUCUUGUAUACGAAAGAAAAUCCCACGGAAGGUCAGGUACUGAUAGUCGCUAAAGAUAAGUCCAUCAAACGGUCCUACUUCAAUCCAAAACGACAGACAAAGUUCAUCAUCCAUGGUUUCAUCGACACGCCCCUCAGUAAUUGGGUCAAGGAAAUGAGGAACGAGUUGCUCAAGCACGACGAUUACAAUGUCAUCAUUGUCGACUGGGCAGGUGGUAGUCUGCCGCUCUACACUCAGGCGACUGCCAACACGAGACUCGUUGGCCUCGAAAUCGCUCAUCUCGUUAAGCACUUGCAGACAAAUUACAGACUUGACCCGAACGACGUGCAUCUGAUUGGGCACAGUUUGGGCGCCCACACGGCUGGUUACGCAGGGGAAAAGUUAGGUGGGAAUAUAGGCCGCAUCACAGGCCUGGAUCCUGCCGAGCCUUAUUUCCAAGGCAUGCCUAGUCACCUGAGACUGGAUUACACUGACGCGAAGCUAGUCGACGUCAUUCACACUGAUGGUAAAAGCAUCUUUUUCUUAGGACUUCCAGGAUAUGGAAUGAGUCAGCCAUGCGGUCACCUGGACUUCUACCCGAAUAAUGGCAAGGAGCAACCAGGGUGUACGGAUCUCAGCGAAACAACGCCUUCUCUGCCACUGACGCUGAUAAGGGAGGGUCUGGAGGAGGCGUCGAGGGUGCUGGUGGCCUGCAACCAUGUGCGUGCCAUAAAACUGUUCAUUGAAAGCAUCAACUCCAAGUGCCAAUACGUGGCGCACGAGUGCUCCAGUUACGCCAGCUUCCUGAGGGGUGAAUGCUUCUCCUGCAAAAGCAACAACAGCCUCAGCUGCGGCGUCAUGGGGUACCAUGCGGACACCAGUCCUGCGUUAGUCAGGAGACAAGCUAUGGGUCAAGAUGUCCUGUCGCUGCUGGGAUCUAAGUUCUUCUUCACCACUGGCAAAGACGAUCCGUACUGUAGGAGACAUUAUCGUCUCACUAUCAAUCUUGCGCGACCACCGACUGCUGAGAGCUGGGUCCAAGGUUUUAUGAAAGUCACGCUUCACGCUGAGAAUGGUAUCAUACGUGACGUCGAUCUAACUCCUAGCGGUUACAUGAAAUUGGAACACGGAUCGACGGUGCGAAUGGUGGUCGCGCAUCCGGCGGGGGCGACCGGUGAAAUUGGAAAAAUCAGGCGAGUCGAACUUUCAUGGACAUACGACAUGGACGUGCUGCAGCCGCGCUCGCUCUGCUUUUUCUGGUGCAACGAUCGUCUUUACGUGAACAGCGUCACCGUCGACGUCAUGGAACUGCCGGGAAGAGGAAAAAGGGAAGCAGACUUCACCAGCAAGCUGUGCUCAGCCAGCAGGCAGGAGUACGCGGAGAUCGCCAGCGGGUCCACAGCGUCGUUCAUCGACAACUGUUAACAACCUGUUAUUCCUGAAAAGUGUUCCACUUUGUUAUUACGCGAUUAGCUCGAGACACUGUGUACUGUUCCUGUGAAAAAUCGUUUGCUAAGAUCGACUACUGCUACCAGCUGGGUAAGGUAAACCGGCAAGACCGGAAAUCGGUCGGAUUCUAUAGGGCCCCAUACAUAUUGAAACUUGCAGCAUGCAGGCAUCGCAACAAGCGAUGGGAUUGAGCCUUUUUCACCUUUUGUUUGAGUGCUACAUGAUGUAUCAUGAAACUUUGGGAGUCUCAUCACUUGUAGCGAUGGGUCUGAACCUUUUCUCCCUUUAUUUGUGUGCAACAUGUAUCAUGAAAGUUUGAGAGACCCAAACCCAUUGCUACAAAUGAUUGGUUUAAGCCUUUUUCUCUCUAUGUCUGAAUGCAACAUGUAUCAUGGAACUCUGAGAGUCUCAUCACUUGUAGCGAUGGAUUUGAGCCUCUUCACUUUCUGUUUGAGUGCAACAUGUAUCAUGAAACUUUGGGAGACACAAACCCAUCGCUAAAAUAGGUUUGACACUAGAAUUACCAAGCAGUGAAAUUGUCUUUUUGAAAUUUGUCUAUAGAAACUAAAUGGUGCAACUAUUGAGACUUCAAUUGAUUUGCACUGUAGUUUCUGCAUUACUAAACCAAUUUCUCUAGUAAUUUCUCAGAGAAGCAUUCGUUACCUUCUCAAUAACUGGAAAAAAAGAAACCAUGAAUGGGUCAUUUUGUCCCUUCCGGUAGUUCUAGUGUCAAGCCUUUUUCACUUUUUGUCUGACUGCAACAUGUAUUAUGAAACUUUGGAAGACAAACCCAUCACUUGUCGCGAUGCCUGCAUUGCUGCAAGUUUCAACGUGUUCGGGAGUCUUAAGCUCUACUUAAGUUGAACUUGUGCAGCGGUCGCGCGAACGGUACUAUCGUUUAGAGACACACGGUGACUUGUGCUUAAGAGGACACGCUCCGAAGAUUGAUUUAGAGUACAGGGAAGCUCUUAUAACGAUCUCUGAACAAACUUGUAAAUGGCAAUACUUAUCUUUCGAUCGUGAAACACUGGAAAAUCGUCGGGAAAACGUUUUUAUAUGAAAAUCAUUAUGCUAUUCCUACGAAAAAGAAAAGAUUUCUUUGAGCCGAAACGUGUUCGUUCCGAUAGGAGCAGGUUCGAAGAUGAUGAACACACGUCGAAGAAGGUCUAAUGAAAUUGGCGCACAUCAGAAGCAGUAUUUUAGUGUAAUCGAUUACUUUGUACAUCUUGUAUAUAAAAUUUCGAUAGGUGUAACUAGAUAAUGCUUAGCGUAGUGUAAAAGCAGGUACGUUGCGAGUGAUUUACUCUAUUAACAUCGGAUACCGACAACAAUUGCUAUACCAAUUUUUAUACGAUAUUUACAUUAAAAAGGAGAAGGAAAGAAAACAGUGUCCAUUACGGCAUAACGGCGACCAUCGUUUUGUGAUAUUUUGUUUGUAUAAUUUAAAUAUUAUAUUUAAUACAAUGAUUA